GAUCAAUCUAACGGUGAUAUCAUGACAACUUCAUAUUAAAGUAUAUAUAUACUUAUACGCAUUCGAUAUAUCAUGUGAUUGUAUUCUGACAUAUUGGAUUUAAGUGAAUAAGAAUACGUGUAAAUAGAUUCUAACCAACUGCAACAACAAGAAGAAUUUUUGAGGUUUUUAUUUACGUAAACCGUACAAAAAGACACAAUAAUGUUGUGCAGAACUAUUGUGUUAUUGACACUUUGUGUUGUGUAUCUUUGUGAGGCGGCUGAUCCUGUUUUAACACCACAGACAUUAACUGAUAGUGUUCUUAAUACAGCCGAUAGUAACAGCAAUAUAGUAUGGUCUGAUUUACCGGAAGGUCAAACGUACAAAACGGAUGCUACUUAUGAUGAUGGCGGAAUGGGACCGCUGUUUGAUUUUGCCAGAAAUUUCAUUAAUACUGUGUUUUCUGGUGGAUUUCCGUAUGAUUUCAUCGUAGAUGUAAAAGAUGGCAAUUUUGAUGUCACUCGAGAUUAUAUGCAGGUGCUAAGCUUAUUCGGUGGUUACGCAGCAGCUAUAGUCAUUGGAUUUCUAUUCAUUAUCAUAUUUACCAUAGUUGGUUGCUGUUUUUGUUGCUGUCGAUGUUGUGGAAAUUGUGGCGGGAAAAUGUUGCAUAAGUCAUCCCCCAGUACAUCAUGUAGACGUAAAGUGUACAGCGUCAUCUUAUUGGUUCUUGUUGUGUUUACAGGCGUUGGAUGUAUUUGUAUUUAUGUUUCCAACGAUCGAAUGACUACGGCUAUUGGUAAAUUUGACAGUACCGUUGGUAAUAAUCUGGAUGAUGUUGAUUUGUUCCUCAACAAUACGGUGACGCAAGUAAAACGUCUUUUAGACAAUGAUCUGAAUUUCACAUUUGAUGUCCUCUUUAGAGAUUUAGACAACGUGGAUGUGUUAGUUGGAAUACCCGUUAGAGAUAAGUUUGAUCAAUCGGCUGGCAUUAAUGCCAUCUUUACUCAAGUAGGAGGUCUACAAACAGAUGUGAAUACAGUUAUAUCUAAGUUUGAUACUGUCGACAGUGACCUUACAAAUCUCAAGAGUAACUUUUCCGCCUUCAAGACUGAUCUAGAUAAUUGGAUAACUGAUUAUGAAACUACAAGAGCUACUUGUCCCGACGGCCCAUCAGUGUGUAAUUUGUUUAUCAAUGGCAGUAAUCUAUCUCCUCCAUUUGAUCCUAAUAAUAUUGAUAUUUCGUCUGUUAAAACUGAGAUAGACAACGUAAGAAGCCAGGAUAUGUCCAGUUUAGUUCAAACUGCAAAAGAUGAAUUUAAUGGUAUUCCCGAAAGAGUGAAAAAUGAUUCUGCUUCAACUAUUCAAGACCUGAAGACCACCGUCACCAACUAUAAAGGGGAAAUAACUCCAAUUAUCGACACGAUAGAAAAGUUCCAAACUGACGCUUCUGGUAGUCUUAACAUAGAAGAUAUUAAGAAACUAGUGACUGAAUAUAGUGACCUGGCCAAACCUUAUGAUAAAUACAGGUGGUAUGGUGGCGUUGGCUUGACUAGUAUUGUUUUAUUGGUUGUUCUAUUAGAAUUUCUCGGAUUAGCCUUUGGUGUAUGUGGAAGUAGUUCGGACACCCUCCCUACAGAGAGAAGCUGUUUAUCAAAUGCUGGCGGAAACAUGCUCAUGGCAGCUGUUGGGUUUAUUUUCAUUUUUUCUUGGCUCUUGAUGUUUCUGACAACACUGACAUUUUUAAUUGGCGCUCCUGCUGAAAAGUUUAUAUGCGAACCACUGUCUGAACCUGAGCUAGAAACAAUACAAAAGCUUAUUGAUAAUUUUGGUUUAUUGGGUAGUGGCAAUGAAUCAUAUUUAGGCAAGACUUUGUUGAAUGACCCCAAUGUUGACCUGAAGAUUGGCACCGUCCUGAAAGAUUGUGGUGAUGGAAAAACAGCCUAUACUGCUUUCAAACUGAAAUACAUGUCCGGAUUCAAUCUAUCUAUCAUCCAAAACUAUAAAAGUCAACUGGACAUAGACAGCAAACUGAACAGCUUCAAUGUGGACUUCAGUACAAUUGAAGUGGCCCCCGCAUCAUUGAAAGAUAACAUGCAGAAUUUUAAAAACAGUAUAACCAAUAUGAAUUUUACUUCUUACACAGAGGAGUUAAAUAAAAAUGUAACAGGUGAUGACUUAACGGCUUUCAUUACGGGUUUAACUGCUGCUAUUAAUGCUGCAAGCCCAAGUACUUUUAAGACAGACAUGACGACGCACCGAGACGAUUUAAUAACAAUUAGAGACGGUUCGUUUAGUGACGCAGUUGCUUCUAAGAAUACACUGGCGUCAAGCAUGAGUAGUCUUGAAACAUCUGUGGGAGGUAUACCGACAAAGAUUGAUACUCUAUUAGCCAGCCUUAAUACAACUCAAGAAUUCUUAAAUACCAAUGGCAGCACUGUAUUGACUAAUGUUCUACGAGACUUUGUACUGCGGGUAUUUACAAUCACCGAUGCUUUAGUAAAUCGUGCUAUUUCAGGGCUAGAAAAUGAUGUAGCGAAAUGUACACCAGUAUAUAAUCUAUAUCAAUCUGUGGUUGUUAUUGGUUUCUGUAAAUAUGUCAUCGAUGCCUUCAAUGGUUUCUGGUUCUGUAUUGGUUGGUGCCUUUUCUUCUUUGUACCAAGUACAAUAUUUUCUGUGAAACUAGCAAAACAUUUCAGAAGAAUGAAGCAACUUGAUAUGUACGAUGCUACGCUACCAACUAAAAACGAUGAUCAUAAUAUGAUCGGUGGAAGUCCACCACCAGCAUAUGCAUUUGGAGAUGGAAACAAAGUUGGCCACUCUGAUAAAUUUUAAGAUCGAUACAGAAAAGAUACCAGCAAGUGCUUUGUAAGAAUCUGUCCAUGACGUCAUAAUACUGCUGAAUUUCAAUGUCUGACGAUACAUACGUUGCGAUGAAUAACACUAUAGCCAAUUAUAGUAAAACCAGAUUUUAAUUGUGUCACUAUUUAUAUCUUUUAUGUUGCACUUCGUUGACAUCUCACAUUCAGAUGUUAUUUCGUUUCGUUUUAUUUUGAUGGUACCACAUUCGUAUCUGUUAAAUUUUUUUGAAGUGCGUGUUCAGAAAAAUCAGAAGAAAAAAAACAAAUAGCAUCAUAUAUCUCAUUUGUUUUGGAAGACGGCGCUCAGAUCAGGCGAACUUCUUGACUAAAUAAAUUGUCCGUAUUCGUAUACUGUGCCGCGUAUUGCGGUGAAUUAUGCGAGUGCGAAUUCGGAUUGAUAAGUAUGAAGAUCUUUUCUUGUGCGAACAGUUUAAUGAUAGAAAUUGCCUUGAUUACAAUGUAGUCUAAAAAAUAUUAAAUAAAACGAAACGAAUAUUUUAUCUAAUUUUAACUAAGCUCGACUAAUUACAAACAAUAUUUUAUAUUUUGGUUUAUGUCUACGUACUGUCAUUAACUUGAAAGACAGUAAUGUUAUCAAACAAAAUCCGUCCUAAAAUAUAUUUUUGACACGAUCGUAUGUGCAAUUCAGUAUUAUUUUUUUUAUUUCUUUACAAUUUUACUUUCAAAACAUUCCGUUUUAAACAAAUUGAUAAAAUUGUGAUGUCUAGCCCAGACAAAAACACAAUUAAGGUGAUAAUAGAACGUCCUGAUAUUGGUGGAGUGAUAGAAGAAAUGUAUUCGAUGAUUGGCAUGUAGAGUGCUAUUACAAUAUACAUUCUUGAUCAUAUUAUUAUUAUUUUUAUUUCUGCAUGUAAUUAGUCUAGACAAGAAAUCGCUCUCUGUUUUUCCGUUAAAUUUUGUUAGCAAAAAAAAAAUAUGUAAUCGUAAUUGAGAUAGGUGUUGUUUUUUUUUAGUGUGAUUCAGCUUUGAUUUUCACUACCAACCUUAGAAAGCCUUGUUUGCGGUUAUUAUUUUCCCUAUGAGUGAAAAAAGGGGACUUUGAUUAAAGUCUGUAUUUACAUUAAAUUUUGUUAGUAAUCUGAAAACUAAAACUAUGUAAUCAGAAUUGAGAUUGUUUUUGUUUGUUUGUUUUUUUAAUUUGAUUCAGCUUUACUUUCCACUAUAAUCCUUAGAAAGCAUCUUGUUUGCCAUUAUUAUUUGUCCUAGGAGUGGAAAACAGCUACUAUAAUUAAAGUCCCCCUGUAAGGUUGUACCUAAGUAGAACCCUCACCAUACUGUACUGUUUUCUCCUCUUCCUUCCUUUUUAAAAUUUUAUUUUAGAAAGGCUAUCAAUAUAGAUAAACAUAAUUUUACCCUCUUUUACAUUAUUUCUCUGUUAUAAUUUGACCGGCGGUUUUAAAAUAACAUAUUAUAUUAGAUAAACUUCUAUUAUUAUAUUAAAGUCACUGGUCGUCAUUUGCUGGACAAUAUUUAUUAUUUAAACAUACAUUAUGCAAGAGCUAAAUCUGUCAAUUGCAGGUCUUUCUUUAGGCCUGAAGUGUUAUCUAAAUUAUUAAUUAGACAUUAAUUAACUUAUCAAGACCAUAAACAACUCUCGAUGGCAUCAUCAGCCAGCGAUAUUUACUGGAUUAAAACCCGGUCUGCUGCUUCUGAUUAAAUCAAAAAAUGGAUAAUCGAGAUUAUGUUUUUUUUUAUCGUUCCGACUUUAGUAAUGAUGAUCGAGGCUAGGCCCAAAAUUCCCUUUACAUUAUCGUUUUUAACUAUUAUAGUGAGAACUACCAGCUCUUUAAACGUUGACAAUAUUGUAGUUUGAAAGGGAUUCAAAAUACCUCAAAUGACGACCAGGGACUUUAACUACGUAUUAUUCUUUGUUUGCUCACAUUCUAGAAUCUGAUUGGGAUUAUUUUGCUGUGUAUUUUUAUGAUUUGAAUUUUUGUUUAUCAUUAUAAAUGAUAAUAUAUGUACAUAUCAAUUUAAUGUCUUGAUGUGCCACUUACACCAGAACUUCAACUUAAUUAUAAGACCUACAAUAUACAAUUGUUAGUUUUGGCAAACACUUUCCAAAAGAUUGUAGUUUUAGUUUGUUUCCAAAAGAAUAUAAUAAAGAACUAAAUAUAUUUGAUAGAAUGAACACUUAUUAUUAAACGUGUAUUAUUUUACAGUAUACUGGUCAUAUAUAUUAAAAGCGCUAAACCUAUUUGAUUUACGUCAAAAUGAAAUAUUAAAUUGGGUUUAUUUGACUUGUUAUUUCGAUUAAUUAUAGAUCAGGAUCUAAACGAUUAAUUUUUUCAUGCGAAAGAUUAAAUAGUAAUUUGUUUUCUAAAUUUAGUUUCAUUUUUGGCUCACUCUAUCGAUACAUAAUCACUUAUACAGACUUUAUAUCCAACAACACAUCAAUAACUUUCACUUAGUAAUAAUUAUGUGAUCACGUCAUCACGUGUUCAGCAAUUGACUGUGAUAAUUUUGAGGAAUACUUUUAUAAUGAAUGUACAUGUACUUCACACUGAAUAGCCAAAGAAACGUUUAAUUUUUCGCAUAUAUAUGUAUAAAUUGCUAAUAAUGCCGAUUCCGUAAAUUGUUCCUAUUUAGUAAUAUAACAUGUGUGUAUAAGUAUACUUGAAUGUCAUUUGGUAUUAUUUGUACACCUGCGACAUUUAAGCAAUUUAUGGAUCCCUGAAAUAUUGUAUUCAAGGGAUGUCCCAUAUUUUCUUUUUUAUUAUUGAAAAUUAGAUUUAUCUAAUUGGCGCAAGAUCAAAUGCCAAAUAUCAUUUAAAGAUGUUAUUGUGCGUUUCUUUAGCUUUUGGGUUCACUUAUAAAUAAAUGCACAGUUCUCACCCGUGUUUAUUGCAAGGUGUGCAUAAUGUUAUUAACAUAUUAAAAUUAUAACUACGGUUUCCUCGUGCUAUCAAAUUAACUGUAUCAGUGUGGUGUAAAUGUAGUCUUAGACGAAACGUUACUCAACAGAAUAUUCAAAUAGAAAGUUGUUUAAUUGUUAAUUAAUUAUUCAUAUAGUAUUAAACAGAAUCGAAAUUAUAAUUCAAAAAUAACUUUAUUUACAUUUUUGGAAAAUAACUUAUUCUGAGUUCCGAGUAGCUCCAGUUAUAUUAUACCGAUACCGAUAUAUAUAGUUUUUACUAUGACAAAGUGCAAUAAAAACAACAUUUUAAUGUCAGUGUCCGAGAAAUACAUUGGAUCUUUGACAUUCGGACAUACAUCUUAAUAUCAUAAUAUUUGUAUCUAUUUAGAACUUUAUAUUGAUCAUGUAUUUUCAUGAAUACAAUUGUGAAGAAUUAAAUUAAUAUCCAUAAAUCUAACCAAUGCUCUACUUUUUAUAUAUUUGAUCAACAUUUCAUAUUAAAUCCACUCCUUUUAUUGUACAAAAAAUGAUACUAUAAUAUUUUUAAUACUGUGAAAAUAUUCCAUAUAAGCAGUUGUUAUAAAUCCACCUUUGUACUGUUAAAAAAUCUAUAAUAGUUUAAGCCUAGAAAGUGAUAUUAGGCGAUUUAAAUCAGAGACCUGUAUAUUAUAUUUUGUUGAAUAAAUUUGGUGUUUA